AUGCUAAAAGCAGUAGCCCCACUGUUCAACCGUCAGAAGCAGUCGCGGGCAUUCAAGGAGUACUACGCAGGGUGGUUGAGCACCCUAAAGAACAACCUCCUCCCCCUCCUCCGUCGCUCAAUGGGCGGCGAAUCGCCAACAAUCCUCUCAACCAACGUGGAGCUUCUAAACCAACACUUCCAAGCCUAUUACUACGUCCUAGACGCCGUGGCCACCUCUGACCCCUUACAACUCCUCUCCCAAGAGUGGCGUAACUCACUCGAAAAACCCCUCCUCUGCCUCGGCGACCUCCACCCCUUCCUCUUCAUCAACCUCGCUCGCUCCUUCCUCCAAGAAGAAACCGACAACAACGAAGACGAUGACAAAGACUUCCCUCUCCCUCUCCCUCUCCCUCUCCCCGAUAACUCCCAAACCAUCGAUCGCCCCUGGCAAGUGUCCUUAGCUUGGCGCAAUGCCUCCGAAGUCUUGAACUCUCGCAUGGACCAGAUCGAGUUCGGCCUUAGAGUCAUUGUUCCCACUCUCACCGACCGCUUGAAGCGCGCCGAGGACGCUUUCAUGGACCGCAUCGUAGGAGAUUGGUUCCCCUGCAGAGACCGUAAAGGUGCAGCCCAUGCGGCUGUUAGUGCUAACCUGAAGGGACACUUGGACGAGUUGGUCAACGUUUUUCUUUAUGCCAAUCGGCUACGGCGUAACGUUCUUUCGGAUAUUAUUAGUGCGACGAGUGUGUACCAGGCGGCGUUGUUCUUUGAAGGGCUGGCCCAGUUCCUUAUUGGGUUUAGGGAGGCUGAGUUGGUUUAUGCGCUCGAACAUUCCAUGGGCUUCUCUCACUCUCACGCCCCCAAACAAGGCCGAUCCCGUUGUCACUGA